UAAAUUCUGCCAGCUGUUCAACAUGACCCCUCGCGCCCUUUAAUUUUCCGGCAACUUUCGCAGCCAAAUUCUCCGAUCAGGGUUUCUCAAAUUAAAAAAGAAAUUUCAGAAUUCGUGCAAUUCGUAAGGAAAUGAGUAGCGAAGAAAGUCCACAAAUUACAAGAAGAACCACAAGAUUAUCCGCUGCUAAUUCUGAAAAUGCAGUCGAUUCCUCCAAGAGUUGUGCUUUGAAGCCUCUCUCAGUUAAUGACCUUUUGUACGGUAAUUCACCAAUAAGCUUGGAAGAGUUGAUCAGUAGCUUUCCCGGAAGGCGAGGUCAAAUUAUUGAGCUGAUGAGCCUUCUUGGUCCUGUGAAUUCUCCCAUGUUUCCAACAUUUGUACAUGGAGGUUCUUCGACCGGGAAAACGAGUAUAGUUCUGAACAUAUUUAGGCAUCUUCGCCGCCCCUUUGUUUAUGCGAGUUGUAUUACGUGUUAUAGUCCGAGGAUACUGUUUGAAUCUAUUUUGAACCAGCUAAUGCUUCAUAGGAAGAGUGACAGCAAUGGCUAUUCAAGUAUCAAGCGAUGUGACAAGCCCUCUGAUUUUGUAAAUUUGCUGAGGGAAGCUUUGAGUGGUGUUAUUGGUACGCUCCAAGGGAAUGCGGAGAAGGCAGGCUCAAAGAAGGCAGCUAGAUGGCCUAACGGGAAGAUGGUUUACUUGAUAUUUGACAGCUUAAAUCUUGUUAAAGAAUGGGAGAAGAGUUCUACUAUAUUGCCUUUUCUGUUCAACCUGUAUGAUAUCUUGAGGAUGCCGGAGGUUGGCUUGAUAUUUAUCAGUAACAAUUCAUUAGAUACGUAUUACGCAGACACAGGUUUUGUAGAGCCAUUUCCUUUUCAUUUUCCUGAUUAUUCAGAAGAUGAUCUUCGUCAAAUAUUAUUGAAGCAUCAAGUAAACAAAAAUCUCUACUCUUCAUUCCUUGAUGUGGUACUGAGACCAUUUUGCCGAAUUACAAGACGAGUUAAUGAAUUAUCUACAGCAUUGUUGCCAUUAUUUAAGAAAUACUGUGAGCCUCUUGGUGACUUGGGAGCUGUGCCUAAUGAAGAUAUGAAGAGAAAAUUAUAUGGGCAUUUACAAAGGCACAUUGCACCCUCCCUGAAUGAGACAUUUCGAGUUUCAGCAGGACUUACUUCUGGUGCCUCAAGGAGCAAAGACAACAAGCGGAAGGGCAUCGUAAAGAAGUUGGAAGCCUGUACAUCAUCCUAUGAGUUAGACUUCCAUAUGUCUACUUCUGCAAAGUUUCUUCUUAUUUCUGCAUUUCUUGCUUCAAGAAACCCAGCUACACUUGAUGCCUCACUCUUUGAUUCCACUGGCGGUUCUGAUAACCGAAAGCGAAAGAGAAAGAGCUCUGCAAAAUCAUUGGAACAGAAGGAAACUACUGAACAGGAAUUACUCAUGAAGGGUCCCGGAACUUUCCCACUGGAAAGACUGCUAGCCAUUUUUCAGUGUCUAACAUCUGUUGCAGAGUACUCUCCAGAUGCAGAGUACUCCUCAGAUGUGGAAGGUCAAGGAAAUAGGGCGACCAUGGGUGAUAGUGGCUAUAUUGGGUCUCACGUACUCUUGCAACUUUCGAGUCUUUGCAAUGCUAAUUUUAUCACCAAAGGAGGGAGUUGCCCAUUGGAAGGUUCAACAAGAUACCGAUCUAAUGUGUCUGAAGAUUUGGUUUUAAAGGUUGCAAGGAGCGUAAAAUUUCCUCUCUCGAAGUACUUGUACAGAAGAUAAUAUCCAUUAAUGUUUUCAUUAACUCCAGCUUGUUCUCCAAGGGGAAAACAAGAGAAGAGUGAUCGGCUGGCAAUCUUUUUGACGUUUCAAUUUGGUUUAUUCAUGCUUGUCAAGCAUGAUCAUCUGAUCCUUGGUAGACAUAAAGUAAAAAAAAUCAGCUGCACCAAAUGGAUUUUCAAAACUCAAAAGCAGUUGAGAAAGCUGCUGACUUAGCUAUUUCAGGCAUCUCAUCAUCCGAUUGAU